AUUUGCCUGGCGGAGAGCACCGAGCCUCAUCCCACCACCACCACCAAGCGGAGGAGCCACCUGAGGACGGGCGGCGAGCGAGAGGGCGGCGGCGGCGGCUGGCGGCGAAGCGGGGUCAGGGCGAAGAGAUGGCGUUCACCAUGCGCGCCGUGAAGGUUCCGCCGAACUCGGCGUCGAUGGGGGAGGCGCGGCACCGCGUGUUCGACUUCUUCAGGGAGGCCUGCCGCGCCAUCCCCUCCAUCAUGGAGAUCUACAACCUCGACGACGUCGUGACCCCCGCCCAGCUCCGCGCCAGCAUCUCCCAGCAGAUCCGGAAGAACCAGGGCGUCUCCGACCCCAAGGUCAUUGAUAUGCUUCUCUUCAACGGGAUGGAGGAGCUGAACAACAUCACCGAGCACGCGAAGCAGCGCCACCACAUCAUCGGGCAAUAUGUGGUUGGCCACAAGGGGCUGGUGCAGGACCUGGAAAAGGACCAAGGGAGCUCCGAGUUCCUGAAGAAAUUCUACACCAGCAACUACUAGGAUCCGAGGCCGCCACAAAAAUUUCCAGCCUUCCUGUAGAAGUGCCCUUGACAUGUACUCUGAAUAAGACGCUGAGAAACACAUCCGGCCCAAUUUAUUUUAUUACUCUAUGUUUUGCUUUGUUCGAGCUUGAUUUGAUUACUUGGUCAUCUCUACUCAAUGAGAUGGUGUCUGCCAGUGAAACGGUUGUAACUCAUAGACCCUGCUUCCCAAGCUCAUGUUGAAGGAUUGAUGUCUUGCAGAGGCAAGAUCGAUGUGGAUGUGGUGUUCAUGCGUA